ACAUCCGGUUUGAUCUUCAGCGGUGACGAGGCUCGGCAGCAUCAGUGACGGGCAGGAGGCAGUUUGUGAUUUCUCUAACUGACGUGGUGUGUUGAGAUCAUCAUGGGGGAACUCUUUCGAAGCGAAGAGAUGACCUUAGCUCAGCUCUUUCUCCAGUCAGAGGCGGCCUACUGCUGUGUCAGCGAGCUGGGAGAACUGGGCAUGGUCCAGUUUAGAGAUCUAAAUCCAGAUGUUAACGUGUUCCAGCGCAAGUUUGUGAAUGAAGUGAGGAGAUGUGAGGAGAUGGACAGGAAACUAAGGUUUGUUGAGAAGGAGAUUAAAAAGGCCAACAUCCCAAUGGUGGACACUGGAGAGAACCCAGAAGUACCUUUUCCCAGAGAUAUGAUCGACUUGGAGGCAACAUUUGAGAAGCUGGAGAAUGAACUGAAGGAGAUCAACACCAACCAGGAAGCUCUGAAGAAGAACUUUCUUGAGCUGACUGAGCUCAAACACAUCCUGCAUCGAACACAGCAGUUCUUCGAUGAGAUGGAAGAUCCCAACCUGUUGGAGGAGUCCUCAGCUCUGAUGGAGGGCAGCGAGGGGGGCCGCGGGGCCCCACUCAGGCUAGGGUUUGUUGCUGGAGUCAUCAGCAGGGAGAGGAUUCCCACUUUUGAGAGGAUGCUGUGGAGGGUGUGUCGUGGAAACGUCUUCUUACGAAAGGCAGAGAUCGAAGACCCUCUGGAGGACCCCACUACGGGGGACCAAGUUCACAAAUCAGUGUUCAUCAUCUUUUUCCAAGGUGACCAGCUGAAGAACAGGGUGAAGAAGAUCUGUGAGGGGUUCCGUGCCUCUCUUUAUCCAUGCCCUGAAACCCCACAGGAGAGGAAGGAGAUGCUUGCUGGAGUUAACAGCCGCAUCGAUGACCUCCAAAUGGUUCUGAACCAAACGGAGGACCAUCGCCAGCGAGUGCUACAGGCCGCCUCUAGGACUAUGAGGGUGUGGUUCAUCAAGGUCAGGAAGAUGAAGGCCAUCUACCAUACACUCAACCUCUGCAACAUUGAUGUCACCCAAAAGUGUUUGAUUGCCGAAGUGUGGUGUCCGGUGUCAGACCUGGACUCAAUCCAGUUCGCUCUGCGCAGAGGAACGGAGAGAAGUGGCUCCACGGUGCCUUCAAUUCUGAACAGAAUGCAGACCAAGCAGACUCCACCUACUUUCAACAAGACCAACAAGUUCACAUCAGGCUUCCAGAACAUCGUUGACGCCUACGGGAUUGGAAACUAUCGGGAAAUAAAUCCAGCUCCGUACACCAUCAUCACCUUUCCCUUCCUGUUUGCGGUGAUGUUCGGGGACAUGGGUCAUGGCCUUUUGAUGACCUGCGCUGCCCUUUACUUGGUCCUCCGUGAGAGUCGCAUCCUUGCGCAGAAGAGCGAUAACGAGAUGUUCAAUAUGAUUUUUGCUGGUCGCUACAUCAUCCUUCUGAUGGGGAUCUUCUCAGUCUACACUGGCGUCAUUUACAAUGACUGUUUCUCCAAGUCCCUGAACAUGUUUGGCUCUGGUUGGAGUGUCAGACCAAUGUUCGGUUCUAAAGGAGCCAACUGGUCGUUUGAGACACUUGAUGCAAAUCCAGUUCUACAGUUGGAUCCUGCAGUUCCUGGUGUGUUCAGCGGGCCUUAUCCUCUUGGAAUUGAUCCGAUCUGGAACGUGGCUACCAACAAGCUAACUUUCCUCAACUCAUUCAAGAUGAAGAUGUCAGUGAUCCUUGGUGUAAUCCACAUGAUUUUUGGAGUUUCUCUCAGUCUCUUCAACUACUUGUAUUUUAAGAAGCCUUUGAACAUCUUCCUGAGCUUCAUUCCAGAGAUUGUCUUCAUGUCAAGCCUGUUUGGCUACCUCAUCCUGCUGGUCUUCUACAAGUGGACAGCCUAUGAUGCUUACACCUCCAAAGAUGCUCCCAGUUUACUCAUCCACUUCAUCAACAUGUGUCUCUUUAACUACAAUGACCCUACAAACAAACCCCUCUAUAGGGGACAGUUUAACUUUGGUGACGUAGCUGUGCACCAGGCCAUCCACACCAUAGAGUACUGUCUGGGCUGCAUAUCUAACACGGCCUCCUACCUGCGCCUCUGGGCCCUCAGUCUUGCCCAUGCACAGCUAUCUGAGGUGCUUUGGUCCAUGGUGAUGCACUUGGGUCUGUCCUCCAGGAGCGGAGGCGGGUUCUUUGGCCUGUCAAUCAUCUUCUCAGCAUUCGCCACUCUCACUGUAGCCAUCCUGCUCAUCAUGGAGGGGCUCUCUGCUUUCCUGCAUGCCCUACGUCUGCACUGGGUGGAGUUCCAGAACAAGUUCUACUCUGGCCAGGGUUUCAAGUUUGUCCCGUUCUCCUUUGAGAGCAUCAUGGAGGGACGAUUUGACGAUUGAUCAGACCUAAAUAUGGCCACAGAAAAGCAGCAGUGUCUCCUGCCCUCCAUUUUCUCUGUUGUGGAUGUUUAGUGUGCAUGAUACCAAGUGCAGCCCUCUGUCGCCCUCUAGUGGUAUUUUGUGAACAUUGAAUGUGCUCUGAUGAAGUCCUCUGUAGAUUGUUUUCAGAUGGGACGUGUGAAGCUGUACUCAUGCUGAGAAUUAUUAAGAAAUGACAGCACUGAGUGGAUGUGGUCUUUACCUUCAGCAAAGUACUGUCCUCCAUUUAUCUUUGUCUACAUCGCUGUAUUUUAAUAUAUAUUUAUAUUAUAUUUAUCCUGCAUAGAACAUAGAUCACACUUUUUGUUUUAGUUUUGGUGGUAAAAUCCAGUGUCAACAAAAACCCAACAGGUUUUAAAGAAGUAUUAUGGUCAGUGUUUGUGUAACUCAUAUAAAAGAUUUGAGUGGUGUGUUGAAAGUAUGUUUGACAAUAAA